AUGAGCAAACAAAAGAACAAAAACUCGCUCCUAGCGAGCCACGCGCGCGCCUCGCCCACCGUUCUCGCCAAGGACGAACUUCUAGCCAUGAAGUAUGUGAUGGACAAACCACAAAUCCCAAUCUAUCCAUUGGGCGAGAAGCCGCCCCAGACGUAUCCGGAUUUCUGUCCGUGGGACGAGCCCGACCUGAAGAACGAGAAGCUCAACAAUUCCAAUUUCUUGAACAAGGGCUAUUUUGAGAGUCCGCAGGUGUCGAAUGAGUACUACUCCGCACGGAACCUAAUACAAGAGACGCUUUUUUCUUCGUCUGCAAAUUGCACGAAACUCUUGAACGAACUAUCUUUAAACUUGACCAAUGCGUUUCGUACCCGUAAUGAGGUUAUCAAUAAGAUCAGCCACGAUUCUGCAAGCUUCAAGCUUCCUCCAAGAGUGACUCUCACUGCUCUAAAGAGGGAGGCUUGGCUCAAGGACUUGGCAAACCCGGACAUUCCGCUCCAGAACGUUUCUUCCAAAAUUCCGCACGGGAUCCGUAAUAAGGUUCUCAUAGAGUGUAUGUCCAACUACAACGUUCCAACCUCGCGCGCCUUGUGGUUCACCAAAUGUGUAUUAUACAGCGAGCAGCUUCUCAUACGUAAAAAACUCCAGGCAAAGGUCAAUUCCGUGAAGUUGAAUACCGCCAUCGAUAUCAUGGAGGCGCGCUACAUGCUGGAAUGGACGCUGCAUGUCACAGACUAUUUGCUCAAGUUUUCCCGGGAGAUGGAAACGGUCGCGACUGCUGAACGCAAGGCGCAAUACCACCUGAAGCUCAACUACCUUCUCUCUUUUGUAAAAUCGCUAUACAUCGAGUGUCUCAUCAACAAGACAGCGUUCUUGUCCGGAAUAAUAAACUUCCUUCGCGAAGACCUUCCGUUUAGACAAGAAGACCUUCUGCUUCUACUUGAGUUAUCUAGAAUCGAUGGCGACGAUAAUGAGGCAUCGAUCCAGAGCAUUCUUGACAAAUUGAAGCCCAUGAACUACGGUCAGAUUUUGGUAGGAUUGACUCUUGUGAAGACCUUCUGGACCGAUAUCAUCAAAGAAGAUUUCUUGUGUAAAGCCACAAGUGAGGCUUUGCUCCUCAACUAUUUUCUCAUUGAAAAAAUAUGCUCGGAAGACACAACUUGUCUGCCUACCUCGGAAUGCUUUUCCACACAAGCUCCUUUGGACUUGAAGAAUAACAUUCUUAAAUUAAUAUCUACUUCCAUCACAGACAUGUUCAACUAUAACUCGAAUGUUUUCAUUGUUCCGGAAUUCUGGAUUCUUAUUGGAGAUGUGUUGUACCAUAUCCUUAUGAGUGAUGGAGACUCCUCAGUCAGGAAAGAAAGUAUUGAAAGCACCCUCAAAUUGAUCAGUUACCGAAAUGAAAGCUUGAUGCUUAACAUGAAGUACAGUUUCAAGCGUAAAAAAUCGGCCAUUCCCGCUAGAAUGGCUAAAAGUGGCCGGAAGAAUUCCUUUCUCCUGCCAGCACUUCGCUCUGGACGCUUAAAAGAUAAAUUGGAUCAGCCCCUCGAGACCGAUUUCACUUAUUUCGGUGGCUCCAAAAAUGACAUUCUACGUUUCAUCAAUCAACUCGACAAGAACAAACUAAAUAACUUCGUGGUCCUGUCACUCACGCCUAAACGUCCAUCUGAUGUUGGGUAUCUUGAUUGGAAAAUAAAGCUCAAGGUGUCUGUUUAUUGGUCUGUGUCUGCAUAUCGAGACAUGGGCUCGUCUUCUGUGAGGAUUCUUACAUUUUGCAACUUCUUGAAGCGAAAGGUCUUGCACGGGAUUACAGGAAGGGGAAGUGCGGCUUUGAAAGCAGAAGUAGAGAAUGAAAUACUAGAAAGUGUCUUUUCUCUUGCGUCCGAGCCCAGAAGCUCAUUUAAUAUGAAGAAGCUAUAUGUGUUAAUCAAUGAGUUGUAUCAACUCAAGAUUAUUACCAUAUCAUCUUACCUCAGAAAAAUCAUUGCUUGCGGAAUUUUUUACGCAACUCCUUCGAGCGAAAAAGAAAUUGACGAAUUCUCCCUCGACCCGCUUGUCAAUUUUCAUAUUUCAAUUCUUCAGAACUUCCCUGUUCUUAACAACAAACAAUGCGAUCACAUCUUGAAAAAGUGGACAAAUGAUGGGUCCAAAUUCAACCGGAAUUUUAAGAGAGGUAUUGAGUUAGCUCAAAAGUAUGUGGUGGACGCCAUUGUUCAAAAUAAGUUUGAUCCAAAUUAUAACGAGUUCCUCGAGCAAAUUUCCGAGCUUGAGAUGGGUGUUAAAUUUCUAAUUGUUAAUUGGCUCACAAGUCAGAUCAAAACUACCAUAUCAAAAUCACCCAAGCUCAUUCAUUUUUCCCCAUCAACUAUUGCGAAUAUCUUCCGCUUUUAUGAGACGACUGAUAAUCUUACUGUGUUUUACAAAGCUUUGGUGAAGUUUCUCCUAAAAAAUGAAGACAAAAUCAUCAUCUUCUACCUAGAAACACUAUACUUCAUCUGCAAAUUGUUGAUUAGUCACUACCCUUUAAUCAAGCUAAUAGCGGGGCAAACACAUGAGACCUCUAGUGUUGCAUCUGAAUUAUUUAAGUUGGUUUUGCUUUGCUACAAGGACAUAUCGUCUCGAGAAACAGAUGUCUAUAGGUUUUCAGAAAUAUGGGACUUCAUCGCUAAGUCCAUGGAGAAACCAAGUACAGUCGAGAAACCAAACCGUGAAUCUCUCAGAAGCCUCAUUUUCGACAAGGAUACAGCAGAAUCUCCUCUUAGUAUCCAAACACAUGCUUUAAGAAGAAAGGACUUUUAUUCUCCAGAGCAAUUUCAAGCUGAUCUACAUGACUUUGUCUCUAGCAAAACAACCUAUUUGACAGAAGACGAAAUCAAGGAUUGCUUGCAAGAGACUCAAAUUCCUCAGGAUGAACUCAAUAACGCAUUCACUUCGGGUAGCCCUAAUUUCGAACACACAAUUCUGCUUUUGCUAGAAGGUUGGUAUUCCAGAGAUAGCAGUAGUGAAAGCGUGGAUUUGUCGUAUUUCAAGCUCAUUGAGAAUCUAAGAAAAUUAGUCAAAGCUUCUGCCGGAGAAGAAUUCUACUCAGCGAUUUCUUCGUUUUUUCUUACGAAGAAUGAGACAAACUGUGACUUAGCAAGAAUUACAACAUUCUUGCGGAAGCUCUUGAGUUUUGAAUUGUUCCUGAUUGUUGACUUAUUGACGAUGAUCGAGAACUCACUUUCAAGAAGUAUAAGCUUCUGGAACACCAUCGUCUCGAGCCUUUUGUUUGAAAGCGCGGAAGCUCUGUUGCUUCUAGCAAGUCAGACUCUUCUCUACGAGGUCUUGCUCAAUGACUACAAGCUGAAGAACCUCGAGCAUUUAUAUGGGUACGCAGUUGCUGACUUGAAAGCAGAAAGAUACGGUUCCAAAAUCCAAAAGCAAUUGGAGAUCAUUAUGAGUAGCUUGAUUCUCAAUCAAAGAACAUGUCUGGAGCUUCUCAUAAAAGAGUUUGAAACACCUUUUCUUGUUACAAUUUGCAAUAAACUCAUCGGAGAAUCAGAGCCUAUUGAGAACAUGUCACAGAUUUGUUCGGCUAGUAUUGCGCCAGAUGAAUUCUCUCUACCAGUGUGGCAGCUACUCUUAACGGUUCUCAGCAACAACGCUCCUCCCUCCAGAUCACUUCUCGGUGAAACUGCUCUAUCUAUAAUACAGAAGUCACGCUUCCUGUUUGGAAGCAGCAAUUCUUUUUUUGGAGAACUAUUCGAUACAUUGAGCUGGGAGUAUCGACAUGAACUCUUCUACUUUUUCGAGGAGUCUUUCUUUGCCAGCUGUGACUUAUGUUUAGACGAGGAUAAGGCAACGGCUGAUCUAGUUGUACUCCAUGUUGCACCUGCGUCACAGAACAUGUUGGCAAUCUUCAAAGAAUUCUUCAAAAAGUUUUCCUGUCCAUCCGUUGAGAAGUUCGAGACCCUGUCAGAUCUCUUGUUGCAGAUCUCCCUGUUUUUGAAGAAGUUGACUCUUUUUUUAAACCUGAACGUGGUCAAUGAAAGGCCUGAUGAGAGCAUCUACAACAUGGUGUCCAUUUAUCUUAGAAUUCUCAUCAUCCACAAUGCCACACUUGCAGAAGAAGCAGCGCGCAGUGAUCUGAUAAAUUUAGAAUUCUUCCAGGGUUUGGUGGAUCUCCUCAAUUCAGAAUACCUAAGUAAAGGACAUGAGAAACUUCAAAUUCUUCUUUAUGAUUUGCUUCUCAUGAUGAAGAGUACCCUUACUCAAAUCUUGGCCACAGCUCCUAGCGAGUCCCUGUUAGAAACACUUCCAGAAGUGAGCCAAAGCGAGGGUUCUGGAGACCAAAUGAAGACAUACAACGCAGCCGUGGUUGCUGAAAUUUCAAACAUCAUAGGGAUUCUCAAUUUGCCGGAGCCGAAGACGAGCCUUUUGGCCGGAGCUCAAGGGCGGGAAACUGACUGCAUUGUUACACUUGACGACGACGAGCUCAACCACACUGGCGACAUCUACAUUGUGAACAACGAAAAGCUCGAGAUUGUUUCAAAUUCAAGCGACUCCAUCAGUAUGACCAGUCCCUUCGGCGUUCCGAGUGAAGAGCCCAAGCGCGUGUUCAACAUGAACAGUGUUGCGCUCAUCGAGAACCCCUCGUCGGGAAUCAACAAUGGAUGUGUCAAUCUCGCAUUGUUCGAUGCAUACUCCACCAAGGAAAAUCCACUUUAA